CAGAAAUCCUAUGUUGCACAAUACUCGUUAUUUUAUUUUAAUUUGUAUACCAAAUUGAGAUCUUUCUUUGUUAUAGAAAGAAAACAGAGUAAAACAGGGGAGUCUAUAAAUAUAAAUUACGUUUUCAACAAUAUUAAUGAAAGAGGAAGGUGUCCCAUGUGAGCAAAUCCCACUUGUCUUUACUUUCUCUCUCUUAUGAUCCACAAACUUAAGCCAGUUGGACUUGUCUUUCAGCUGCUUGCAUUUACUACCUAUGCCAUGGCAGAAUAGGUACUCUUUCUCUUCUCCUGAUUUUGUUCCUUUCAUUUUUGCCCAACCCCGUCCUUUUGGGAUUAAACCUUUGGUAAUACCCAUUUGAUUUUUUUAAUCAAAAUUCCCAAUUUUGUUUUGUUUUUAGCAUAUAUAAUUCUAAUAGUUUUAUGUUUAGUUAGUCCAAGAUAAUUAGUUUUAAUAAUUCAAUCUUCCUGGGUUAGAAAAUUGUUAUUUUGGAGCUUAUUAGACAAUCUUAGUGCAAAUUCUUGAAUAUUGUGCAAUAAUUUUGUUUUAUAAAGUUAGUUAUGGGAAAUUGGGGUUUUCUUCACUUGAAAUACCCUCUAUUUUUGCUAUUUCUCCUAGCAUUAGGCCAAUCUUGUUUUGCUAGUAUUCAAAGAAGUAGCAGCAUACCUGUAGGGAGUCAAGGGUUUCAAGCCUCUCAAAUGGGUUUCAUUGAUAAUAAUGGGUAUUUUCUCUUAUCAAAUGAUUCAACUUUUGCAUUUGGGUUCAAACCAACUGACGAUGAUGUAACCCUGUUCCUGUUGGUCAUCUUUCACCAAGAGAGCUCCACAAUUGUGUGGACUGCUAACAGAGCCACCCCAGUUUCAAAUUCUGAUAAUUUUGUGUUUGAUACUGAUGGUAGUGUGUCCCUCUUAAGCGGAGGGAAGGCGGUUUGGAAGGCGGAUACUGGUGGGAAACCGGUUUCUGCAAUUGAACUGCAGGAUUCAGGGAACUUAGUGUUGUUUGGGAGUGAUAAUAGUACCAUAGUUUGGGAGAGUUUUAGGCAUCCUACUGAUACCCUUCUAUCAAAUCAAAAUUUUGAGGAAGGGAUGAAGCUUUCAAGUAAUCCUAACAAGGAUAACUUGACAUAUGUGCUUGAAAUCAAGUCUGGUGAUAUGGUUCUUUCUGCUGGGUAUAAGACACCUCAGACUUAUUGGUCAAUGAAAAAGGAUACUAGAAAGAUCAUUAAUAAGGAUGGUGGGGUGGUUAGUUCAGCUAGGAUUGAAUCGAAUUCAUGGAAGUUUUAUGAUGAUAGCAAGACCUUCCUAUUGCAAUUCUUGGUCCCUAAUACUAAUUCCAAUUCUAAGAAUUCGACUUGGAUUGCAGUGUUAGGGAGUGAUGGGUUUUUGGUUUUCCAAAGCAUUGGAAAGGGUUCUCAGAUGAAAAUGCCGAUUGAUCAAUGUGGAUUGCCUGAGCCUUGCGAAGCAUAUUACGCAUGUUCUAGUAACCGGUGUCAGUGUCCAACAGCAUUACUCUCACGAAAUUGUAAACCCGGGAUUUCUGAUCAGUGUGGGAACUCGAAUGAUGACAGUGUUGAGCUUGUUACUCUUGGGGAUGGGUUCAGCUACUUUGCUCUUGAGUUUGCUCAACCAUCCAUGAAAACUGAUUUGGUUUCCUGCCAGGGUUCAUGUACUGGUAAUUGCACAUGCCUUGGUUUGUUCUAUGAGGACAGCUCGCGCAAUUGCUAUCUUUUUGACAAGAUUGGGAGUUUUAUUUCUGAUACAACCUCCAAUUACUCUGUCUAUGUUAAAGUUUCUAAGCAAGAAGGUGUUGGAGGAGGAGGUAGCGGAGGAAGCAAUAAUAAGCACUUGCCAAUUGUGAUCACAAUAGUAAUCCUGACUGCAGUGAUUGUUGCGAGUAUGGUAUAUGUAGGAUACAGGUAUUACACGAAAAAGAAGGAAGUGCCACCGGGAAGCCCUCAGGAAUUCUCGGAAGAGGAUAAUUUCCUUGGGUCCUUAUCAGGGAUGCCAGUCAGAUUUAGCUACCAGGCUCUUCUCGAGGCCACCGACAACUGGCAAGUAAAGCUCGGGCAAGGAGGAUUCGGGUCAGUUUACAAAGGGAAGCUUCGAGAUGGAAGUCUUCUUGCUGUGAAGAAACUUGAAGGGGUUGGUCAAGGGAAAAAGGAGUUUCGAGCUGAAGUUAGCAUCAUAGGAAGCAUUCACCACAAUCAUUUGGUUAAACUGAAAGGGUUCUGUACUGAAGGGAGCCACCGCCUUCUAGCUUAUGAAUUCAUGGAAAACAAUUCUUUAGAAAAAUGGAUAUUUAAGAGAGAUAAGGAUAAUGAUUGUUUGUUGGAUUGGCCAACUAGGUUUAACAUUGCUGUUGGUACUGCAAAAGGACUAGCAUAUCUUCAUGAGGAUUGUGAAGUGAAGAUUGUCCAUUGUGAUAUAAAGCCAGAAAACGUUCUCCUCGAUGAACACUUUGAAGCGAAAGUAUCAGAUUUCGGGUUAGCUAAGUUGAUGACAAGAGAGCAAAGCCAUGUCUUCACCACACUUCGAGGCACACGAGGGUAUCUUGCGCCCGAAUGGAUAACAAACUACGCAAUCUCAGAGAAGAGUGAUGUUUACAGCUAUGGAAUGGUAUUGCUUGAGAUUAUUGGAGGAAGGAAAAGCUAUGAUCCAUCACUUCCUUCUGAAAAAUCCCACUUGCCAGCUUAUGCAUUCAAGAUGAUGGAGGAAGGGAAACUAUUAGAAAUCCUUGAUUCAGGUAUGAAAUAUGGGCCUGAUAAAGAGAGUGUUGGAACCGCGAUUAAGAUAGCAUUAUGGUGUAUACAAGAAGACAUGUCAAUGAGACCACCAAUGAGUAAAGUUGUUCAAAUGCUUGAAGGGAUAUCUCCUGUUCCUAUGCCUCCAACAUCAUCCCUGUCAGGUGCAAGGCUAUUUUCAAGCUUCUUUCAGUUAUCUAGCAAUGACGGCACCGGGACUGGGAGUUCAUCUGCACCGUCAGAUUGGGAUUGUAACAGCGUAGCUUACCAGUCGGCUGUCCGGCUUUCAGGGCCAAGAUAGCUUAUUCAGUUCUUCCUAUAUUGGGAUCAUAUUUCUUAUUUGUAUCUUCUUGUACAUAAUUUAGUUGAGGACAUUGAAAUUUUGGUACACUAAUAAUAUAUUCAUGUAUGAAACAUUAUAUUUUUGAGUUG